AGCCGCCAGAGGUCUGCUCCUCCAACUGCUGCUCCUUGCAGUCUCUGGGCAGGAGGUCGCCCCGAUGGAGAUUUACCAGAACCUGGCCCGAAGAGAAGCACUCAGAAGAGCUCACCGGCAUGGGGCUGGGGCCCAGACGGCUGGCCCCUGGUCUUCAGGAACUGGAGACUCUGGAUAGAGUGUUCUCGUCACCACGGCCCUCCAACCUGACCACCAGCUCACACUCCACGCUCGUUCCCCAAGGCCCUUGGACAGCAGCGGCGCUGGGCCUGCCCGCCCGGAAACAGGAUGGGUGGAACCUGGAGCUCCCCGGAGGGUCCAUCAAGCAGAGCCCCAGAUGGGGGCUGAAGAGACCAAGAGGAGGCAGGGACAGCUCUGGGGGCCCACUGAAAAGAGACUCAGGUCCCUGAUGGGUUCUGACCUGGCUCGUGUCAUCAGAUGGGCCCGAUCCACCCAGACCCCUGGGGUCUGCUACCCAUGGGACCCCUGUCCCCCUUCCCCCAACCUCCCAGUAAAGUUCUCACACCAGACCCCUCGUGACUCCAAAUGGAGAGUUUCUGGGCUGAACCAGACCAAAGCCGGGACCUCUGGGAGGGAAACAGCCAGCCGACCGUUUAUUGACAUGUCAUUCCCGUCUCCCUAGGGCACGAUCCUCUGGUCCUGGGGGCACCGGCUGUGUGUGUGUGUGUGGGGGGGUUGAUCCUGUGGCACAUCUGAGGGGGACCACACGCCACCUCCAAACCCUCUUUAAACCGGGCGACACAUCUAUCAAGCUCUUGACAAGUCCUUGGGCCUGGAAAGUCACUACCGCAUGGAAAGGAAUAUAAAUAAAACAUGCUCCCCUCUCCACUCCCGGCACCCAGCAGCCUGCACUGUGAGAAGUGAGCAGCCUCUCUCCUGGGAUAACGGGCAGGGUGAUGUAAUGACGGGGACCGAGCCUUAAUAGCCUUGAAAAGUGGACAAUCCGGCUCCAGGCCCAGGCCGGGAGCAGCUAUAAUGAGGAGAGAAUGCGGUGAUGCUUCCCCCAAAGCCAUUGGGAUUUUCUGGUUUCCGGAGACUGGGGAAGUGCUGCCUUGGGCCCAGAGAUGCCAGAGGGCACUGGCAAGAGGGAGACCAGGGAAGAGGGCUAGCUGGCACAGUGGAGGAGAGACAUGGAUCGUGCAAUCUUCCAGCCGUCAUCUGAUCCAUCCCCCUGCCUCCAGAGAAGAGACCCCACGGCUGCCCUGGGCUCCCAGGACGCCGGGAAGGUAAUCCACAUCAACAAGGUGCAGCAUCAGCCACUGCGGGCCGGGCUGGCCGAGAUGGUUGCUCUGCCCUGCCUCUUCCUCCUCCGCUCCCCCACCUCGCUGGGCCCCAACACCCCCCACGACCCACCCAGGGUCAAGUGGACCAAAGUGCGCUCAGCAUCAGGGCAGAAGGUCGAGGUGCCCAUCCUGGUGGCCAAGGAGAAGGUGGUGAAGGUGGUGCGGGGCUACCAGGGCCGGGUGAGCCUGCCUGGCUAUCCCCAGAACCACACCAACGCCACCCUGGUGCUGGGGCCCCUGCGGGCAAGCGACACGGGGCUCUACCGUUGCGAGGUGGUGGCUGGCAUUGACGAUGAGCAAGACCUGCUGCCCUUGGAAGUGACCGGUGUGGUCUUUCACUACCGAGCUGCCAGCAACCGCUACACCCUGAGCUUCCCUGCGGCCCAGGAUGCCUGCCGUCGCAGCUCGGCCGUCAUCGCCACCCCCCAUCACCUGCAGGCUGCCUUUGAGGACGGGUACGACAACUGUGAUGCAGGCUGGCUCUCCGAUCACACUGUCAGGUACCCCAUCACUCUGUCCAGGCCUGGUUGCUAUGGAGACCGCAACAGCCUACCCGGGGUCCGGAGUUAUGGUCUGCGGGACCCCCAGGAGCGCUAUGAUGUUUAUUGCUUUGCUCGGGAACUGAAAGGCGAAGUGUUCUACGUGUCCCACCCCCACCGGCUGACCCUCUCUGGGGCCCGGGCUCACUGCCAGAGCCAUGGGGCCACACUGGCAACUGUUGGCCAACUCUACCUAGCCUGGCAGGAGGGGUUGGAUCAGUGCGACCCAGGCUGGCUGGCUGAUGGCAGCGUCCGCUACCCCAUCCAGACUCCACGGAAGAAAUGUGGUGGGGAGGAACCCGGAGUGAGGACCCUGUACCAGUUCCCUAACCGAACAGGCUUCCCGGAGCCCUCCUUGAAGUUUGAUGCUUACUGCUACAGAGCCCACUACUUGGCUCCCCCUACUCAGCUCCCGGAGCAUCCCACAUGGGCCCCGGGGGCUGGAUCCCAGCCAGAGGAGUUGCCCAUCCUGAGCCUGGAGAACAUUCUACAGGAACACGGCCCCACCCCAUCCCCUGGAGGGCUCCCCGGCCCCGACGGAGACGAUCUCCUGGUCUCCGGUGACUCCCGAGACGGGACGGGACGGGAACACCCGGCCCUGAAGCCCCGCCUCUUGGCCCCACCUCAUCCCGUGGAUGAGCAGCUGCAGCUGACGACCACCGCCCCCUCGGAGACGUCCCGGGUGGACCGUCACCAGGCCAGGUCGGGGACGGGUGCAGGGAAUGGGACCCCAGCAUCUCUUGCAGAUAGGGCCGAGACAGCUGGGAUAACAUCCUUGGAGUCGGAUCCUGAACUGGAGGAAGAUCAGUGGCAGAAUAUGGUGGACCAGAUCCCCAGGUGGAGAGAAAGCACUCCGCAUCCACCUCCAAAAGCCACAUCCCAGGAACUUCAGGGCCCCAGCUCCACUACCAUCUCAGAAGGGGGCACGUCUGUCCCUAAGGGUCUGGGGCCCACCCAGCUCUGGGUCCCUGCCGCUAUCACGGAAGUGGCUGGGCCGGGGGCCACGGAGUCAACCCUGAGCAACAGCCCUGGAGGUCUGGGUAGCCCAAGCCCUGAGGGUUUCCCAACAUCCCUGCCAGGGGGAGUCCUGGGAGUCACUGGGGGGUUGGGCACAGAAACAGUUGACCCCAGCAAGCCAGGGAUCACCAAAGCUGCCCCAAGGAGCCCCGAGACCACCAGGCGAGGCCACUACAAAGGGCUCAACGGACGGUACUUCCAGAAGACAAAGGUGGCCCCUAAAAGGAAGUGGGGCAGCGGGAGAGGCAGCACUGCAGCACCCCUGGAAACAAAAGCAUCUGGAAACCACUUGGAGAACCCCUCUGCUCUGGCCCCUGGACCCCUCAGCAUUCCCGAGACCUCCUCCCUGUCCAAUGAGGUGGACCGACUCAAUUCUGAUGUGCCAGGAUCCGAGAAGCCAGGGAGCCCACCUAGCCUCCUGACCUCUGUGCCUGACUUCGAGGAGAGAGAAGACCCAGAAAUGACCAGAACCCCAGCCCUGGCUCCUCAAGAAGGCAACCGCCCCUCGUUGACCCAGCCUGAAGAGCGUCCAGUCACCAGUGACCAGGAGACAAGAGCCUUCCUAGUCCCAACCCAAGAGCCAACAUCAUCAGCCAACACUGACAGCUGGGCAGCAAGUCUAAGUCCCACUGCUCCUCUGGCAGUGGUGACCCUAGAUCUGGCUGGGGGUGAGCUCCUCUGGCACCUGAGGGACACUGCAACACGAAGACAGACAGACAGCCCUCCUAGCCAAGAUGCCACCCCGUACCCAUUGCCCACCAAUAGUGGCAUGCUGACCGAAAGAGCAGAGAGCAGCUCCCUCCAACGGGUCCAGGGGGAAGAUUCCGAAGUCUCCUCUGGGGAGACCCGUGUCAGCAAGGAGGUGGAUGUGCCUGUCCUGGCCAUGCUGCGGGCUCCCAAGCCCUCCUUGCUGUCCUCACUCCCUCCUACCCCAGGGACCUCCCAUCCUCCAGAUGUCACCCUGCCCAGCAGAAUGACCCCAGGGGCCUUUAUGCAGGAGCCCCAAGGGGAACCUGGCAAAACUGCUAUCUUCCCAGAGGAUUCCACGGCUUUCCAGACCCAGCAUGUCAACUGGAGUUCCACAGGCAUCCAGGACCCCGGAUGGGGCAGAGGUGGGCAAGAAAGAAUUGAGGAAGAGCCAUCCACCCCACCAGCACCCUCCACAGUGGGCAGGCAGGAAGAUUCAGUCACUGAAAUUGGAUCCCCCUACAGAGGGCAGGAGGCACGCCAGGCUGGACAAGACCAAGACCCCGAUCCGCCGUCCCUUCUUGGAGAGACAGAGACCACUGUGCCCGGAGCUACCUACUGGCAGGGUACCGGGGGGGCUGCGGCAGGGACAACCGUCUCGGUACUCCAAGAGGAGACUCCAUCCACCGUCCUGCUGGCCUCCCACCCCUUGAACAGCGACCUUGACUCUCUGCUUCCCAUCAGGAUCACCGGAGACCCCUCCAUGGCCCCUGGGGAUCUGGUUACCGAGGCGACUGAAGAAGCGGAGGUGGAGAUGGAGGAGAAGGAAGAGAUUGAGGAAGAAGAGGAGGGACUUGGCUUCCACACGGUGGCUACUUCCUCUGCAGAUGCUUUCCAAAGCCAGACCCCAGCUAGUUCCACCCUACAGCCUGGGCCCGAUGAUCCCAGCCCUGGACACCUCACCUCAUGGAACCCCCUGGAGCCAGAGUUGGACCCCUGGAGACCCCACCUGGAAAGCAGAGCCGAAGGCCUUCUAGAGUCGUUUUGGGUGACCCCAGACCCCACCCAAGCCAACCCACUGGCCAUGCUGACUGCCCAAGAGGGUGGCCCUUCAGGGGAACCCACGCUUGUCCCAGAGCCAUUGGAAGCUGGGACCCUGAAGUCUCUGAGCCCAAAUGGCUCAGAGGAAUCAGGGGGCUGGGCUCUCCAGAGAACCCCGACCAGCAUCCCAGAGCAGGACAUGGACGAUGCCUCAGGGGAAGGCAGAAGAGAGUUGCCCAGCCCUUUGGGGCUCCCGGCACCCCACCCCACCACCAACGGCUUGCUCAGCCACAGCAAGGAGACCCUGCGCCCUGGCGAGUCUUUGCCGGAGCUACCCGAGACCCUGCUCUCCCUGCGGCCUGGAACCGGGGAGGGUGGGGAGCCCACUGGCCCCAAGGGUAGGACCCUGCCUGGGGAGGGCUCAGAAGAACCCACCACGGACCAGGGGAGCUAUUCCCUUGGGCCAGAGGGGGCAUCCUCCGAGGAGGCUGAGCCAGGCCCCGUGACAGAGUCCGGGGGCUUGGCCCUGGGGGAGGAGACCGGGAGUGGACCAGAGGACCAGAUGCUCCCUAUGGCAGGGGAUUUGGAAGUCCCAUCCUGGACCCUGGAGAGUAACCUGAGCACAGAAUCCUGGCCCGAUCCUUGCAAGAACAAUCCCUGCCUGCAUGGGGGGACCUGCCAGCCCAACGGUACUGUCUACAGCUGCAACUGUGGCCAGGGAUUCACCGGAGAGAACUGCGAAAUUGAUAUCGACGACUGCCUGUCCAGCCCUUGUCAGAAUGGCGGCACCUGCAUUGAUGAGAUCAAUUCCUUCGUCUGCCUCUGUCUGCCCAGCUAUGGAGGGAGCGUCUGUGAGAAAGACACAGAAGGCUGCGACCACAACUGGCACAAGUUUCAGGGCCACUGCUACCGCUACUUUGCUCACCGCCGUGCCUGGGAGGAUGCCGAGCGGGACUGCCGCCGCAGGGCUGGCCACCUCACCAGCAUCCACUCCCCAGAGGAACACGGCUUCAUCAACAGCUUCGGGCACGAGAACACGUGGAUCGGAUUGAAUGACCGGAUCGUGGAACAGGAUUUCCAGUGGACCGACAACACGGGCCUGCAAUAUGAGAACUGGAGGGAAAACCAGCCAGAUAACUUCUUUGCGGGAGGGGAAGACUGCGUGGUGACCGUGGCCCAUGAGAGUGGCCGCUGGAACGAUGUGCCCUGCAACUACAAUCUCCCCUACAUCUGCAAAAAGGGAACAGUGCUGUGUGGGCUGCCCCCAGCUGUGGAGAACGCCUUUCCCCUGGGCUCGAGGAAGGACAAGUACAACAUCCACUCGACUGUGCGCUACCAGUGUGAGGAGGGCUUCCUACAGCACCACCUGCCCACGAUCAAAUGUCACAGUAACGGGAAGUGGGAUCGGCCCAAGAUCAUCUGUACAAAACCUAGGAGAUCCCACAGGACCCGGCGCCAUCACCGCCAUCACCACCCGCACCACCAGCACCACCACCACAAAUCCCGCAAGGAGCGGAGAAAACACAAGAAGCACCCCAAGCUGGACUGGGAGGAGGAGGAGGAGAGUAACUUCUGCUGAAGGCCAAGGCAAGAGAAAGCACAAACCCCUCUCAUCCCAGCCCACUCCCAUUCCCCACAAAACCUUUGGCAGAGGAGGUAGGGGAGGGGCCCCACCCCUGAUCCCAAGCCCCCAACCCAACUCCCUUUUUAAAAAGCCUCGAUUUCCACUUCUUAUCCCCAAAAGAUACCUCCCGCUAAAGUAUCAAUGUACCUGUGUAAUCAUCCACAUACGCAGAGUGCCCAUGGGAAGGUAUGUGUGUACCCACAUACAAGAGUGUCACAUAUCUGCGUGUAUAUGUCCCGUAUCGGUCUGAAUGUAAGACAGAUAUUUUUAAGACUGCUCCCCCAGAGCUCUUAAACUGGUCUUCAGCAUGUGUGGUGAAGUCGCUUUGGCUGGUCUUUGAAUGAGAUGCACAGGAAGGGGGAGUCGACUUGUAGAUGGGGCUGACUUAGAUUCGGAGGGAUACGGUAGACAACCAGACAUGGAUGAUAAUGAAGUCAGGGUGGAAGAUAGUAACAUCCAUUUUCCUUGCUCAGCCUGAUCUCCUGUUCAUCUCUUCCCAUCAGGAUCCCCAGCCUUUGGUCUCUGGGCAUGUGUAAGCCCCAUCAACUUCCCCCUGCCUGCCUGUUGCAAAAGAGUCUGUUUUUCUACCCCUCCCUUCUCCCCUCACCCCCUCUAGCAGGCAUUGGUGGUCCCACGCCCCAAAAAGUCUUUUUCCCUCCUCCCUGCUUCCCUCCACCCCUCCCUCCCUCCCUCUCUCUCUCUCCAGCUCCAGGGGGAGAGGAGAGGCUGACGGGUCCCUUAUGUUUCCGGUCUUUUUCUGGUUGAAUAGAAUCGCAUAAAACUUGAAGUAGUAACUCCCACCUGUGAUCGUAUAGUAGAAAGGUUUGCAGUAUUAAAAGGAAAGUACAAAACAGAUUUUAAACAUGAAAACAUGUCACCAAGAGACUCCCUGCUCCUCCCCGUCCACGAGCUCGGACUGGAUACGGUCCAACGACGACGUUUUAAAGCCCUAAAUCCCAAUCGCUCAGAACCGGCCCCGGGGAUGGGGGAGGGAAAGCCAAUUGCGAACUCCGCGAAUCUCCAGGGAGGCCGGGCCUGUCGUUCUCCGGGCCGGGGCGCCUCCUGCAGUACACUUCCUGCAGGACACCUGCAGCCCGCCACGAGGAGCGCUCGCUCGCAGGUAGCUCUGAGCCUUCCAGUUUCCAGUUUGGGACUCGUCUCGAUUUCAGAAAGCAAGAAGAAAAAAAAAAUCCAGUCUCUCAGUUUUAAAUGUUGCUAGAAGGUUUUGGGUUUUUUCCCCUUUCUUUUUCCUUUGUUAUUUUUCUCUGUUUGAAUCUGGUGUUGUUGGAACGUGUAGUCUUUGUUCGUGCCGGUGGCCUCUUGCUUCUCUCUCACCAUCUCUUGCCAUCUCUCUCGUUCUCUCCAUCAAUCUCUCUCCACCUCUCUCUCCUCUCUUCCUACAUGGAGAGGUAUCAUCU